AUGUGUUCGGGUGAUUCAGGCUAUGCCGAAAAGGAUGUCAAGCAGGCUAAUGAUGAAAAAAACAAGACUCCUGAUGGAAUCAAGCAAGGUAUGGUGAUGGAUAGAUCAUGCACAGAUGUGCUCAUGUGUCUGAUAUUUUUCUUAUUCUUCUGUGGUAUGUUCGCCACCGCUGCCUAUGGCUAUUACAAGGGUGAUCCCACGAAACUUAUCAAUCCCUACGACUCUUCAGAUGAGUUUAGUGCGACAAAUAGACAAGUCAUUGAUAUGACUGUGUGUGUAAAGAAUUGUCCCAAGUAUGGUGAGACCUCUAUCUGCUAUACAAAUAAGGUUUACACUACAUGCCCCAAAGCAUAGAAGUUCUCCACUUAUGGAUGUAAUUAUUCACUAUUAUUAAACUUAUAUAACGAUUUAGAUCUAUCAAGAUUCUGUUUACCUAACAUAACAACUGCCAAAGACUAUCUAUUGGAAAAUGUGUCCAGUGGAAAUCUAGGAAGAUAUAUGGGAGAUCUCGGAACUGCUUGGUAUAUUUUCCUAAUUAUGCUUGGCAUUUCAUUGGUCCUUUGUCUAAUCUAUUUAUUCUUGCUAAGAUGUGCUGCCAAACCACUUCUCUACAUAUCAUUUGUAUUGAUAUUUGCUCUUCUUCUUGGUGGAGGUUUUUAUGUUUUCUAUCUGGGGGACAGAUAUGAAUCAGGAGAUCACACUAGAUCAGUAAUGAGGGGUAUGGGUAUUUUACUAUGGAUAUUAUGUGGACUGUAUUCCAUCAUACUUCUAUGCUGUUGUUCAAGAAUCAGAUUAGGAAUAGCUAUUAUGGAAGCAGCCUCUGACUUUGUUAGAAAUACCCCUCAGAUAUUCUUUGUGCCUUUUAUAUUCUUCUUUAUUAUUGCAGUGUGGGUAACAUUCUGGAUAUUCUCUGCUAUUUGGGUGUUCUCAGUAGGCGACCCAGUCAAGAGAUAAGGACUUCCAUUAGCUGAUAUUGAGUGGAACAGUACUACUAGAUAUGUCUGGAUUUAUCAUCUUUUUGGUUUAUUCUGGGUCAGUGCAUUCAUCAUCGGAUGUGCUUAAUUUAUUAUUGCUGCUACAACUUGCGUCUGGUACUUUUCGCAUGGUGGACAAGGUGACGACAAGGCAAAGGCAUCUCUCAGUACUGGAUUCAGAUGGAUCUUUAGAUAUCACAUGGGUUCAAUUGCAUUUGGCGCUCUUAUCAUUGCCAUUAUGCAAAUGAUCAAGCUUGCUUUCGAGUACUUGAGAAAGAAAUACGAAAAGAUUAUUCCAAACAACCCAUGUACCAAAUGUGUUAUCUGCUGCCUCAGAUGCUUCAUUUGGUGUCUUGACUGUUGUGUCAAGUUCAUCACUAAGAACGCUUAUAUUCAAAUUGCCCUCACUAACAAAAACUUCUGCUCAGCUGCUUGGCUGACUUUCUGCUUGAUUGUUAGAAAUGUUGCUAGAUUUUCAAUCAUUACAAGCAUCGGAGCCAUUCUUAUAUUCGUUGGUAAGGCUCUCAUCAUCAUUUUCUCUGGGUGGAUUGCCUAUCUAAUCAUGAUGAAUUCAGAUUUGAAAGACAAGAUUUAUUCUCCAGUUUUCCCAAUUAUUGUGGUUUGCAUCAUAGCCUACAUCCUAGCCUCAGUUUUCCUAUCAGUUUACUCUUUCGCAGCUAAUUCAAUUCUUCACUGCUACCUGGUUGAUGAAGAGGUUGGUGGCAACAGACAACCAGCUAGUCUACAUGAUUUCAUCACCAAGAACGAUAACUACAACAAAGGUAAAUCUCAACCAGCACCCGUACCCAAGGAUGAUGCUAAGAAAGCUUAGGAUUUAGAUAAGCCAUCUAAUAACGUUGCUUGA